GAGCUGAACACUGCUAAAAUUAGCCUAUUGAUGUAAGCCGGUGUUCCACUAACACCCGCACACACCCCAGUGCAAGUCAAUAAGAGUGCGAGACAAGGACAAAUCAGGCCGGAUCGAUCUACCUAAAGUAACCUCUUCCUCUGUACAGGUAGAAAUCAAGACACACGCGGAUCUAACAGCACUACUGGGAUUCUCAUUUAACCCAACAUGUCACAGUUCAGCACUCUUUCAGUGCGUGAGAGGAAGAAGCAGGCAGCUGCUCUUUGCCAUGAGGUCCAUGGUGCCAACGGUGUUACGAUGGACCUGGGAAAGAAACUUUCCACUCCAAAAGACAUCAUGCUGGAGGAACUCUCUCUCCUCUCAAACCGAGGGUCGCGCCUUUUUAAGAUGCGACAGCGGAGAUCAGAGAAAUACACGUUUGAAAGCAUUCAGAAUGAAGCCAAUGCCAUGUUUAAUAGUGAAAAUCAAGCCAAUGCAGAAAACUCAGAAAAUAAAGAACUUGCAUCAAAAACACCACCAAACACACCAGAUCCCAGAAACCCAGCAAACCCUGAGGACAUUGCACCAGGAUAUGGAGGUCCAUUGACAAACAUUCCUCCGGAGAGGUUCAAUGCCACAGCUGUGCCAAAAUCCUACCACUCCCCCUGGGAAGAGGCCAUCAACAGCGACCCCACGCUCACCGACACACUUAAAGUUCACAUGCCAGUGCCUGAGCCUAAACCAGAGCUGCCAGACUACAGAAGCUUUAAUAGGGUGGCCACACCAUAUGGUGGUUUCGAAAAAACCCCACGAGGGAUCACCUUUAAGCUUCCAGAGGUGGACUUGAAUGCUCCUCGAUACCCCGAGCUCCAGGAUCCUACAGCCAAGCGACCCACUUUCAACAGGACUGCCCAGGGGUGGAUCUCCGAUGGCAUGCCUCUCAUUUUACCCACUGUCUCUCUGGAGCCUUUUGAGAUCCCUGAGUCUGACGAUCUGUAACACCGAUUCAAGCCCUUCUUCUUACCCAAUCCUGAUGAGCCUGAGUGUGGUAUAGGGUGUGUGUGUAGACGUGUAAAAGCAAUG